ACUGAUUCAAGUUUGGACCAAAGACUGAAUAUGAGCAAUCCAGCAGGACAAUUCGGAGACACGACUUACACCAAAGUUUUUGUUGGUGGAUUGGCAUGGGAGACUCAAAAGGACACCAUGAAGAAAUACUUUGAACAGUUCGGCGAGAUCUUGGAAGCUGUCGUCAUCACUGACAAAACUACUGGAAGAUCCAAGGGUUAUGGAUUUGUAACUUUUCGCGAAGCCGAAGCAGCGAUGAGAGCUUGUGUCGAUGCUAGUCCAGUGAUUGAUGGAAGGAGGGCUAAUUGUAAUCUUGCUUCCUUGGGUGUUCAAAGAUCCAAGCCUUCCACGCCAAAGCACGGAGGAGGAGGAAGGAAUAUGAGAAUGACGAGGGCAUUUCAAGGAGGGUUUCAAGCAGGAGGAGCAGCUUUUGCUUCAGCAGCAACGUUCCCACAUUAUGCCAUCCAACAAGGAAUUCCUUAUAAUGUUUAUGGGUACCCUCCAUACUCGGCAGAAUACGCAUAUCCUACGGUUUGUACAAAGCUCUUUCUUAUUUUCUUUCAAUCACGCUAUGUUGUCAGAAAAUUGUUUACAUGCAACCUGAUCGAUACUCAUAAAGGGGGACCACCUUUUAUUUUGGACUUUUUUAUUCAUAUAGGACCCUCACGCAUGUGAGAGGAUGUCAAUUAAAGUGGUAAAAAAAUUCUGGCAAACCAGCUCAAUUCAUUUUCUUUUGGGGGAAUUAAAAUCAUGUUGAAGAAGGCCAUUUAAACUAUGUUUCAGAAAAGAAAAACUUUAAAAUUUUGAGAAGGCUUUUAGUAAACGUUUUUAGCCUCCGUUGGGCCUCCAUUUUGUGGAAAUGAAAAUGGGUGGAAUAAAUUUUUUUUUUUUUUUUUUU